CCCAAGCACCCACCAACCCAACCCACUUCCAGCAUGGUCGACACCUCGGGUGCUCUCCGCCGCGGCCACCCCGUCACGUUCGGCUUCGUGUGCUUCAUCUCGCUCAUCGUCGCGGUGCGUGCUGCUCGCGGCGCUGCCUGCCUGCAUCCAGGCGCUGACGCAUGCGCCUUCUCUCACAGAUCAUCGCCUCGGCCCUGACCGCCGACUACAACAACCACGGCAGCCAGACUGGCCACCUCACCGGCUCGGUCCGCUACCUGCUCUUUGUCGGCUGGCAGAACUUCUUCCUGAGCAUCGCCUUCGUGAGUAUAUACUGGAGGGCACAGGAUGUGGAGGGCGGGAGACGGGCGCGCUGGGAUCAGGGCAGGGCAGGCCGCGUGCGCGCACGACGGAGCAUCAGCACGUCAAGCGCUCUCAGCACGUUUCCUCGUCCGUAGCUCAGCGCGCCGGCUGAGCUCGUCGCCGCCCGCUUUGCGCUGCCGCCACUCCGCUACUUCGUCUUGCAUUCACCUUGCUCACACCGCAUCCUUCUCUCAGGGCGUCCUCUUCCUGCUCGGCAAGGGCGGCGUGUUCACCUCGGUGGCCGGCCACUUCAUCGCGCUCUUCUGGAUGUUCCUCACCCAGCUCGCCGGCGCCGGCACGAUCACGGACGCCAUCGGCGGCAACCCCAGCUGCGGCUCGAGCGCGCUCCGCUACUGCCGCUCGCUGCAGGCCCUCGCUGCCUUCAGCUGGAUCGCCACGGUGGUGCUCUUCAUCAUGCUCAUCAUCGUCGGCGUCGUCGGUGCCGGUGCCUUCCGCGGCGGCCGCUCGGCCAAGGAGACCCUCGGCGCCUAAGCGUCGCCCGCUCGACUCGGCUCGCCUCCUCCAACGAUACCCAACCCUUUCGCCUUCUUCGGGUCCCGGCGCCGAUCUCCGCCGGGGCCUGCUUUUGACUCCAUCGCGUGUCCGCUGUGUGCGGCACGCCCAGCCUAAAGUACCCGACCCCGCAUCUUACGUGCCUUAAAUGCCCGCUCUUCUCUC